GCGGGCCCUGGUUUGACCUCAGAGUCUUCCACGGGACAGCAAGAUGUCAGAUGAUGAUCUGGAAGACUUGGAGGCCGACCAGGAUGAUUUCGAAAAGGAAGAUGACAAGGACACUGAGGAGUUGGAAGAGUCACGCAAAGAUGGGGAAGACAUGUCUUCGGAGGAACAAUGGGUGCCCACUCCACUCUCGGAGGACAUGGUGAAGGAAGGGCUUUCCAUGCUCUGUAAGACAGGCACCGGACUGGCUCAUGCUUUUGUUAAGCUGGAGGUGAAAGACAGGGAUCUGACAGACAUCACCAUGCUGCAGUCCUACAUCCACUUGCGCUAUGUGGAUAUUUCUAACAACCACCUGGUAGACUUGUCCCCUCUCAAUAAUCUCACCCACCUUCUGUGGCUCAAGGCCGAUAACAACCAGCUGCGGAGUGCUCGGCUGCGAGAACUACCCUACCUGCAAAUUGCCAGCUUUGCCUAUAACCAGAUCACCAGCACCGAGGGCAUCACUCACCCUCGUCUGAACAGCCUGGACCUCAAAGGGAACCAUAUCCGCUCGGUGACUGAUCUGGAUCCCCAAAAGCUGCAAAGUCUGCAGACGUUAGAGCUUCGAGGAAACCAGCUGACCAGCACCCUGGGGCUCGCCCUUCCUAAGCUAAAGAACCUCUUUCUGGCUCAGAACCAGCUGAGGAAGGUGGAAGGCCUGGAGAGCCUCAGCAACCUCACGACCUUGCAUCUUCGAGACAACCUUAUUGAUACAUUAAGUGGCUUCUCCAAGAAAAUGAAGUCCCUACAGUACCUCAACAUGAGGGGCAACCUGCUGUCGGACCUUAGUGAGCUGACCAAGCUCCGGGAGCUGCCCAAGCUUCGUGCUCUGGUGCUGAUGGAAAACCCUUGUUCAGAUGAAACCGAGUACCGCCAGGAGGCCCUGGUGCAGAUGGCACACCUGGAGCGCCUGGACAAAGACUUCUACGAGGAAGAGGAGCGGGUCGAGGCCGACGAACUGCGGCAGAGGCUAAAGGAAGAUACAGAGACAGAACAGGACAAUGAACCACCACCCGAGCUGGGGGCAUCAGCAUCAUUCAACUAG